GUCAGUUUGAAAGGGAGCGCGGGCGCCGCGCUUGCCUGUGACGGCGGAGGAACGUGCGAGCUAGCGGAGCCUGAGGCCGGGCGGCGUGCGGGUCGGGGUGCUUUGUCGCGUCUCCCGUCGGGUGGCAGGCCAGGGCUUUGGGUGGAGAGUUGAGGACGUGUGCGCUUUUCUCUCUUUUCGGGCCUUUGUCGGUAGUAGAAAUCUCUGGCCACUCGUGAUAACGUUCUAUUCGUCGGAAUGAUGGAUUUCCUUUUGGAGAUACACCCGGAAGUGUUAACGGAAGAAAUGUUGUUUCUAAGAGAAAUGGGUAGAAAUAACCCAUUUUGAGGAAGCCAUGGCAAAAUUAAAUACAAAGCGCAGAGUUUGUUCUCGGGAAUCUUCAGUAUCUUCUCUGUUAGCAAGCUGCAACCUGAGUGGUAGUAAUUCCUCUAACUCUGAUGGCUUUUUUCAGUAUAAGGAUAGACUGUACAGUUCUGCAUCUCAGGCUCUACAGGCCUAUAUUGAUGAUUUUGAUCUAAGCCAAAUGUAUCUUGGUGCAAGCACUGGAAGGAUUAACAUCGAUAAAUGUUCUGCUAAUAUGCCAGAAUUCACCAACUAUGUUUAUAAACCAAACAAUGCUUUUGAAGAUCUUGAUGACAAAAAAGAUUUGUCCUUAUCCUGUAGAGGACAGACUAUUAAUGACAUGGACUCCGUUAGCCUAACAACUGAUGAUCUAUUAAAACUUCCAGCAGAUGGAUCAUUUUCUUUCACUUAUGUUGGAGCAGGUCACGGAAUUAGCAAGAAAAGCAAGAAACGUACUGGAAGACUGAGUUCAUCCAACAGUGAAAAGAAUCAAACUUUUCAAGAACCAGCCGCUCUCCUGGGCAAGGAUAACUUAGUUACCCCAGUUGUAUACACAAAUGUAAAAGGAAAGCAAUGUGGUAGGCUGAAAAACCCAAAACUUGUGAAAAAGGCUAAUAAAUAUGUUUCUGUACCAUCUUUAUCUUUUAACAAGAAAUCAUCUUUUAGGGACAGUUCAGAACACAAUCUUGAAAAGAAUUACCCAAGAUGGCUCACUAGCCAGAAGUCUGACCUUAAUGUUUCAGGGAUAACGAGUAUACCGGAUUUCAAAUACCCAGUCUGGCUCUACAAUCAAGACUUGCUGCCCGAUACAAAUAGUCAAAGGAUUUAUCAAAUAUUUAAAGAAGAUCACUGUUCCCCUAGGCAUAGUUACCAGGCACAAAGAACUUCUCGGCGAAUGAAUAAAUUAGAUUGUUUUGAAUAUUCUUCUGAAUCUUCAAACAAUUCACAUUCCUUGAGUGAUGAUAAAGGAUUAGUUAAUGAAUAUAAAUGUGAUUCUGAACAUAGCCAAUGUCAGUGUGACAAUCCACUUCUCCCAGGAUCCGAAAAGCCAUUCAGUGGUGACAGAAUUGAAUUGCUUAUCCUGAAGGCCAAGAGAAAUCUAGAGCAUUGUACUGAAGAAUUACCAAAGUCUAUGAAAAAGGAUGACAGUCCUUGUUCAUUAGAUAAACUUGAAGCAGAAAGAUCAUGGGAAAAUAUUCCUGUUACUUUCAAAUCUCCUGUUCCGGUUAACUCUGAUGAUAGUCUUCAACAAACUUCAAGGGCAAAGUAUGCUGAUGGGUUCCUUGAAGACUUCUUAAAUAAUGAUAAUCAGAGCUGUACCCUUUCUGGAGGGAAACAUCAUGGUCCUGUUGAAGCCCUGAAGCAAAUGUUAUUUAAUCUUCAAGCAGUGCAAGAAAGUUUUAAUCAGAAUAAAACCACAGAGCCAAAAGGCGAAAUUAAACAAGUUUCAGAAGAUGAUUUCUCUAAAUUACAGUUGAAGGAAAGUAUGGCUCCUAUUAAUAGGUCACUUCAAAAGGCUUUGCACCAUUUAUCUCGCCUGAGAGACCUGGUUGAUGAUUCCAGUGGGAAACAGUCACCGAAAAUGUGAAGAGGAAAAUAAAAGUCUAACCAAUAAAUAGUCACCACAGAACAAAAAUGUAUUUUUUUUCCUAUUGCUUAAACUGACAAAGUAAUUAGAAGCCAUAUAUUAUUCUGUGAUUGGUUCAAGUAUUAUAUAUUUUUUAAAAACCAGACUUGAAAAUGUCCAUAGAUUUUUGUGGCCUAUCCUCAUUUUGUGCCAAACUACCAGGAGGUGAACUAGAAGGACCCACACCAUAUGUCCUAGUCUGACUUUGGUCUUCAGGCUGUCAGAUGUCUAAUAUUCGAAGAUGGAUGAUUUCCAUUCUUGAGGCUUACAUGGACUUAACCUUCUUCAGCAUCCUCAUCAUUUUAUCAUCUGAUUCUGGAUCAUUAAGAAGCUUUUCCUGGUUUCUAUCCAAAAUCUCUUAAAUAGACUCUUUUAUAAAGUUAGCAUCCACUUAAGGAGCUUGAGGAAUGUCAAAAUUGUUAUGGUGUAUCUUAUCCAUAUGGAAGUAUGUUACUUUCAAGUUUCAUAAAGCAGACAUUUAAGAAUAUGUUAUAUUUGUAAAUAACAUUAAUUGAUGCAGUGCUAAAAGGAUGUUUUAUAUUGUGAAUUCCAGGAAAACCUCAUUUAAUUAAUGCUUUGAUUCUAUGUAAGAUAAUCUUGACAGUACUUGACAGUUUAUAAAAUAUUUUGGGGGGGGAUAUUUGAGAUUUUAAUAUUUUGAUAUUAUUUCCCAGAUUUAAGUUUUGAGGUUAGCUCAAACUAGUAAAAACUAUAUCAGUGGCCAGUUGCUUUAUGAAAUUUGAUAACUAAACUUAAGUGAAUAUGGAAAAUCAGAAAGUAACUGUAUUUUAAAGCUAUUUUGUAAGUGCUGAACUUUCUUUAAAGCAAACUUUCUUUAGGGUUUGUCACUAGCUAGGACUGCUCUAUAAUUUUGCAACUUCUACCAAGUGAGCGUCUAAUAAGCAGGAAGCAUCUUUACCAACAAAAUGAAGAAAUAAUUCAUAAGACAUGGCGAAGCAUAUUAAAAAAGCCUGAUGAAAUUAGAGAAUAGGUAUGUAUACAAAUAGUACAAAUUAACACUACCCAAAUUGGAGCGUUUUUGCUAAUAAGUAGCUUCACUGUCAAAUAGGAAUUUCUAAGUACAUUGGGUCAAAGAAUUUUUCCCCCCAAUUUAAAGCACUAUCUAAGAGCUUUGUCAUAGAACUUACAUGCCAAAGACUGUGGAGUCAAUCCUGUCUUUUUUUCCUUGCCUAGUGCGUCAGUCACUGUACUAUUCUUUUUGCCCAGUUUGAGAGUCACUUGCUAAUAAGUUUGUUUUGUUUACUCUGUGGAGGUGUUUUUGCCACAGACAUUCUAUUUCUGAUUAUGGUCUUCUGCUUCACAGCAGAUAGUUUGCAUACAAUCAAACAAGACAUUACUUUGAUGAUUGAAAUGUGGUUGGCCGUUAAAAGUGCAGAUAGAUUUUAAGUGGAUGAACAUAGAUCUGAGCGGAGCAUGUUCCAGCGAAAUCCAGUAUUCAACGACUUCUAAAGGCAGAGCAGACAAAGAUAUCAGAUAAUUACAUAUUAUAUGUUGAUCAGAUAUAAUAUGUUUAGUAUACCUAGAAAGCAUCUCCAAAGGGAUUAUUAUGCAGUGUUGACUCUGAGUAGCACUGAUGUGGUUAGUGCUCCCAUUUGCAAGAACAUAUAUCCAGUACUAAAUAAGAUAAGCCUGUUCUAAAAUUUUGUUAUAACUAGUAUUUUAAGAAACUUGAUUAUACUUACCCUUUUGUAUUAAAUAUGGAAGUUUAAGUUUUUUAGCAAAAAAGAGAACUUUAUCUAAAUGAUUAAUUCUAACCUUUCAAAAAAAUAUAUAGGAGAUUCAAACAAGAAAAAAAUGUAAAUGAUAAAUGUUCAAUAAAUUCUUUAAGGAAUUGAUUUAGUUAAUUGUUAAAUAUUUAAGUAUUUUUUAUUUUGAGAUUUCCAGAGGAAAAAAAGGAGACAACCGUAUUGAGACUGCUGAGUUGGGAAUUUAAAGCAGAUGAGAACAAUUAGAUUUUAAAAAUAGAAUUGUGAAUAUAAAGUUUUAUCAACCUUUUUCUCUCUUUUAGGUAUAUUGAAAAAUAUUAAAUAGAAAAAGUGAUAAAAUUUUAAUAAGACAUUUCAGAUCUUUAAUUGAGCAUGAAAAAAUUUAACCUAAUUGCAAAAAUUAUUUGAGAUCAAGGGAUAAAAGUGUGAUGCAUAUGUGAAGACUUGAAACUCAACUGUAUUUUCUUUAUUAUCAGUAAGAACUCUCAGUUUUUUCUGGGACAAUUCAUUUCAGCUUCAUAGAGAUUUCUGACCAAACUGAGGAACUCUGUCUUCUUGGGUUUGUUUGGGUUAUAUGUCUCUCUAGUUAUGUUAUUUCUUGUUGAAAUUUAUAAAUGUGGAUUUUGGGGGUUAUUAUUUUGUAUUUAAUGUUUGGGAUAAUGUCUUUUUAAAUCAUAUGCAGUUAUACCAAAAUGUUGCCUGAAGAUAAAUCAUGACAAGAUUUUUUCCCCCUUUGUUUUGAAUAUGUGGAAUCACUGAUACCUUUGAAUUUGUUUCCUUUUUUCCUGUCCCACAUUUCACUGUGUCUCAAAACCUCUUUGUUUGAAGUGCUCUCAAGAAGUAAACUUGACAAUAGGCAAGUAGCAUGAAAGGGAACAAAAUUCAUCAGUGGCUAAGAUCAUUUUCCUUUUUUGAACAAAAAAAAUUAGUUUUUUACCCUCCCAGUUAAUUCUACAUUGUCCUUACCUGUAGACCAGACAUGUCUGUGUAACAACUUUUUUUUACAAUGUAGCAACUUCGUUACAUUAACCGAGACUAGUCCAUUUGCCUCCUAAUAUUUAUUUCACCCUUAACCAUUCUUCCCCGCAUUUUCAGUUCAUACAUCCAAAGACAUCCUGACUAGUGUUUACAAGAUACUGUUGUACACACCACCACUGUAAUCUUACUGAUUUAUUUCAGCAAGUUUGCUGCAGCUAAAUUGCUUUACUCAAGAUUCUCCCAGACUUUCUAUGUAUAUUCUCACCUUUAUGCAUAUUAUUUCCCAUACUUGAAAUACUCAGUUUUCUUUCAUUCUGGUUAUUUAAAGCUUACUCUGCCAUUUCUUUAAAGCUCUGACAGAGUUUAUACUUACUUUUCCAAACAUUCUCACCUUCCAAACUCUGGUAGGUUGGCUCUCCAUUUUCCUUCCCCAUUGCUCAGUUAGCUGUUAUAGUUCUUGUUUAUGUUUUUGAUAUUCCUCUUGUAGCAAAUUUGUAUCCCUAGGGGAGAAAAUGUCUCAAAAAAUAUUAGAUGAUUGAUUUUGUUUUGUCUCCUUGAUAGUGUCUCCUACACAUAAUGAUGUAUAACCAGAAACAUGUAAAUUUAAAGUGUUAAUUGAUAAUUCUAAGCCUGAUUUCCUAUAUCAGGUUGUAAGCUCAAGAUAGGAGAAACCACGUCUUUUGUUUAUGUGAUGUCCUGCAAAUUCUUUUUAAAAUGAGGUAAAUUAAACCUAUUAUGGAAGAGAUUUCUUUUUUGAUAUUGCAGUUUAUCAAAUAAGAUUAACAUUUUUGUAUUUUGGAUGACUUGGCUAUAAGCUUUCUAACCUCUUGAGCCCUCAAAACUUUAAGAUUUUUGAGUUUUUAUAUAUUCUGCAUUUCAUCAGGUACAUGAGCUAUUUUACAGAUCUAGGACUAAGUCUGGGGAAACUUUCAGUGGCUGGUUUUCGUUGUGUUGCUUCUUUGAGCCUGGCUUGAUGGGAAACUAUCAGUCUGGGUCCAAUCUAGAAACAGAAACCACACAGUGAUUGUAAACAAGAGAAGCUUAAUAUAAAAAAAAGUUUUAAACUGGUCAGACUCCCAGGAGUUCAGCAUUUGCAGCAGCUGAAGAAGUGGUGUUUCCCUGGACCUGGCUGCCUCCCUCUCUCCCGGGUUCCACAGGGGGAAAAAAAGUUUUAAAUUGUGACAAAAGAGAUAAGACACAAGAGAGCUCUAUAUGGUACCCCAGAGAGAAGGGAGAGUACUCAAGGAAGGACAACCUUGUAAGAAGGAGCUAAGAUUUGGGUUCAGAGCUUGUUGAAGGGGUACCUGCAGUUCACUUGAUGGCACAGUUUACUGGUUUGCCCAGACCAGAGUCGGUUUUCAGUUACUAGGCAAGCAGGAAGCCAUUCUCCAAGGCUCAGGGAAGCUGCAGGUGGUGUCUGGGUGUGGGCCUGGAGAGGGAGUGAGGAUUCUUUCUGCGUGCUGGACAGUGCUGGCUGGACACCUGGGGCGUUAGGGGUUUGUAUUGGGAAAGUUGAAGGAAGGUGAUCACCAGCCUGGGCCAGGUCUGUGAGGUCGCCAAGGAGAGCCAUACAUUCUGGGACUGUGACUGGGGCAGAGAACUACCUGGUGUCUUUAUACCCACCUUGUUUACUGAUGGUGGAGCUGCCAGAAAGCAGCAGGUGAGCCCCGUCAGGGUGAAUUUGGAGCUGAGAGACUAUAAAUUGAUGACUGGCAUGGAAACUCGUCAGGUUCUAGAAAGGUUUUGGUGGGAGAAAACAUCAUAAGGGAAAUAAAUGCUUCACCUGUCCAACUCUGACCUCCCUGUUUUGCAAUAUACUAUGUAGCCUGUCCAAACCAAGAACCUGGAAUAAAGGUAAAAUAGCAAAAAUGUCAGGUCAUUUGGAAAACAGGCCCAGUAAGAAACCUUGGGCCAGUAUUUUCAAAAUCUAAUGAAUCUGAUAAUUUUGUAAAAGGAAACGGAUCUGAACUAGAAAUCUGGGACUAUUAUAAAUAUUCUGGAAUUAUAUGAAUGAAGAUCAGAAUAUCAGAGGAGUAGAUUGCAUUCCUUCAAUUGUUUUUCAUCAAGGUGCCACAUAACUUAUUUGAGUGUUUUUGAGCGUUUCCUGCAAUUGGAAUGCUUUGUUUUGUAGUAUAUUGCUUCAAUUAAGCCAUGAUUUUUUCUGUGUCUUCCACAUAUUACUCUUAAUUUUGCCUUUCAAGACAAUCUCACAUGCACAGUUUGGUCUUUCUAAUAUUGAAACCAACAAAAAUAAUGCUACUUCCAUCUUUCAGGCUGUUUCUAGUUUCUAAAUUAUUUUUUUGGACAAAGUUUUAUGUUCAUUAUUGUCUCACCUUUUUUUGAAUGCUGUCUAGCUUUCCCUGUGUUGUUUAAAUGUCUGUAUUGUACAAAUGAUCUAGAGCCCUACUUAACAGCAAAACUCUAGAGUAUGCACUUUAUUUUUCGUAGUGAUAUAUGAUUGGCAUGUAUUAGUUUCAGGUGUACAACAUAAUGAUUUGAUAUUUGUAUAUUUGAUAUUUGUAUAUAAGUCUAGUUAACAUCCAUCCACUGUAUUUUUUCUUUUUUUAAACAUCUUUAAUUUUAUUUAUCUAUUUAUCUAUCUAUCUAUCUAUUUAUUUAUUUAUUUAUAGCUGUGUUGGGCCUUCGUUUCUGUGCGAGGGCUUUCUCUAGUUGCGGCAAGCGGGGGCCACUCUUCAUCGCGAUGCGCGGGCCUCUCAUUAUCGCGGCCUCUCUUGUUGCGGAGCACAGGCUCCAGACGCGCAGGCUCAGUAAUUGUGGCUCACGGGCCCAGCUGCUCCACGGCAUGUGGGAUCUUCCCAGACCAGGGCUUGAACCCGUGUCCCCUGCAUUGGCAGGCAGAUUCUCAACCACUGCACCACCAGGGAAGCCCUGUAUUUUUUCUUACUGCCACCCAUAGCUAAUUUUUUUCCAGCUUUGUUGAGGUAUAAUUGACAAAAUUGUAAGAUAUUUAAAGUGUAUGUCAUGAUGAUUUGAUAUACCCACAUUGUGAAAAAAUUCCUCCAUCUUGUUAAUACAUUCAUCACCUCAUAUUUAUCUCUCUUUUUUUUGGUGAGUUGUUUUCAUUUUUUAAGAAAUGUGGCAUCAGAUGUCCAAGAUGCAUAGAGUAGAUGCAUAAAGGAUCUACAUAUUGUUCCUUGAUAAUUUAUUAUUCCAUUCAGCAUUCAUUUAUUUUGCUCUGUGUGGCGGUGGAAGGAGGAGAGAGGAGUGUAAGGGUGGGAGAGAUGAUGACAAAGUAUGGCUAUCAUGAGGAACUCGAUGGAAAUAUAUAAAUGGAUACAGUUACACUACCCCAGGUAAGUAUUGUUUCAGAGAAACGAAGAUGGAGCAACUGCUAUUAAGGCACAGGCGAUGGAGCAGCUAAAUGGCCGGAAGAAUCAGGAAUGAGUUUGCUCAGGAGGGAAUGCUUGAGCUGAUCUCCAAAAUGAACAAAUUUGCUGUCAAAGAAAUUGGAUGAAAGGGUGUUUGCUCUAGGCAGAGAAUAAGACGUUCAAAGACUUGAGUCAUUAAAAAGGUCUGAUACAAAAUUACUGACUUGGAAGGGUAUGUUGUGUGUUGUAGUGGAAGAAACCAGUGCUUUAACAUGGGCAGAUUUGUUUUAUGAUUCCAUUUAUUAGCUCUUUGUUGUAAACAAGCUCCUUGAUCUUGCCUGAGGCUUUAUUUAAAUUUUCCCUUCCAUUUGUAGUAGGUACUUGGCAGUUUUGUUUCAAGAAUUAAAUGGUAAUGCCUCACACAUGUGAUUUCAGUAAACACUAGCUGCUAAUAAUGGUAAUACACCUAGGUGGGGGGAGGCGCUAGGAAUAAGACAGAAGGCUGAAUCUACCCUUGUGGUUCCCCAUUCUACUCUGUACAUUGUAGCAAGAAUUAUCCUUGAAAAACGUGUCUGAUGAUGUUGUACCUCUUCAAACUUUCCAGUGGCUUCCCAUCUCGGAGUAAUUGUGAAGUUCCUACCCUAGCCUAGAAAGCCCAGUAAGGUGUGCCAACACCUCUCCCUUCACCCCUGCAAGGCCGGGACCUUUCCUGUCACCCCAUUUGCUCUCUGAUUCAGCCACAUUGGUCUUGCUGUUAUCAGGUAACUACAAACAUGCCUCUGCCUCCAGGCCUUUGCAGUGUUUCCUCCCAUCUGGUCAGACUUUGCACAAACACCCCAUGAUUCCCUCCCUCACUUCAGGUGUCUGCUCAAAUGCCACUUUACCAGACAGGCCUACCCUGACCCCUCCCCGCCCAGGCCCCAUGCUGGUAUGCUUUUCCCCUUUACCUCCUACCUUAUUUUUCUUCACCGAGUGUUGAGGGCAGGAGCUUUGCAUUAUUCACUGUUUACCCCUCAACAACUAGAAUAAUGCCUAGGGGUAAUUAAAAGUGCUACAUAAAUAGUUCUUCUCUGAAUGAAUGAGGCUGAGAAAGUGGUUUGGGGGGCCAUCCUCAGAUGGCCCCCCAAGAAUUUUGGAUUUCAUUCUGUAGGCGGAAGGAAUGGGACCAGUGGUUUUGCUGCAGCUUCAAGUGAAUGUUAAUCUUUGCUACUGUUGCUGUUAGUCCCUCCAUUGAUUUGUGGCCGCAGUCAACUUGAACUUCUUUUCAAAUACCAUUUUCCUUCUUUCCAGUAGUUAGUCUUUAAAGCCUGAUACCGUGACAUAAAUGCAUUACAUUAGUGAUUUCUUCAGGAAAUAAAGCUAGAAAGUAUGCCUUAUUUAGUUUUUGUUCAGAAAUACAGUUUUACUGAGGUUCCUAUGAUAUUGUAAAAUAAGUCCCUAGAAUAUAGGUUUUAUUUUUUUUAUAAUAAUAUUUAGACAGCUAUUUAUUUGUCUUAGUUUGCAGUACUAGAUGUUAUUUGAUUUACUGAAUGAUUUAUGUUGCCCUUUGGACAUGAGUAUAAGAAGACAACAGAAAGAAGCACAAAGAAGUCUCUUGGAGUGGGAUUCAGAAGCCCUGAUGACAGGAGCCCUGGAAGGACCUCAGAUCAUUUCGGUCUUGAUUUUUUUUUUUUUUUUGGGACCUGGGGGAAAUAUGAAAAAUUUUGUUCAGAAAGAGAU